GCUCGGCAGGCGCACCCUCAUCUUGCACCCUGCUGUUUGCUGUUGGUCUCCCUAACGAGUCUUUUGCUUGAUUCCGUUCAUUCUUCAAUUCGCCGUGGAAGUCGCAGUGGGGGGCACUCUACCAACCGAACAUUGUUCCUGUCGAAGAACUCUACAUCGUCCACCAUGGAUAUCAAGCCCACCUUCAUGCAGAACGUCCUACGCACGAAGCCGCUCGCGGUCAUCAAAGCCGAGGAGGCUGCCGAAGAACUACCUCGUCAAUUGUCCCUUUUCGAUCUGGUGUGCAUUGGCAUUGGUGGCACAGUCGGUAGCGGUGUCUUCUCCACAACCGGCGACAUUAUCAGUGGCACGGCUGGCCCCGCUGCCUUCGUGAGCUGGAUCAUUGCUGGUGUCGUGUGCUGCAUCAACGCUCUGGCCUAUAUGGAGCUGGUUACACGCGUACCAUCAUCGGGUAGUACGUACGCCUACUCAUUCUACGCACUCGGAGAGCUACCGGCCGUCAUCGCAGCGUGGUUGCUAACGCUCGAGUACGGUAUCUCCGGCUCAGGUGUCGCCCGUAGUUGGGCGUCCAAAGUCCAGGAAUGGCUCGUGGAUGAACACCCGGAACACACCUACCAGUGGUUGAACGAAGACUACACUAAUUUACUCGGUGCUGUGCUAAUGGCACUCUGUGUGAGUGUGUUGCUGAUGGGUGUUCGCUUUGGCAAAUUCUUCGUCAACACCUUCAGCUCCAUCAAGGUAAUUGUGGUGCUGUUCAUCAUCAUCGCUGGUUUCGCCUUCAUGGAUUCGGACAACCUCUCGCCCUUCGUCCCACCUCGCCAGGAUUUGGACGGAACGAUGACGUUCGGUACGCAGGGAAUCAUUACUGGUGCCUCGUCGGCCUUCUUCGGAUACAUUGGUUUCGAUGAGGUUUGCUGUCUGGCCGCUGAGGCUAAGAACCCCAAGAAGGUCAUGCCGCUGGCUGUGAUUUGCGUGGUGCUAGGCACCAUGUUCUUAUCCUGCUUCGCGUCACUAGUACUGUCGGGUAUGAUCCCGUACCUUGAGGCUCAAAGCUUUGGUGCUGGUUUCGAGUACCAGGGCGCACACUGGGCCUCUCAGAUCGUGCGUGCUGGUGAGACGUGCACGAUGCCCGUCGUGGUGCUGGUCAGCUUCCUGGCCCAGCCGCGUCUGAACUACGCCCUAGCGUGUGAUGGUCUGAUGCCCCGUAUCUUCGCUAAGGUCGACGAUAAGGGCAACCUGUUCGCCAACACGCUGAUCUCUGGUCUCUUCUUCACGGUUGUGGCCUUCGUGGUGCCGUUCGACACGCUUUGGGAUAUCGUCAGCUUCGGCAUCCUUCUAUCGUUCAACAUGUCGAUGUCAUCCCUUCUAAUGGUCCGAAUGAGGAAGGAGUCCCCAUCGCUUGCGCCAAAGCUCAUCGGUCUCUUGGUGGCGUUUGCGUGGCUCGCUGCUUUCUUCUAUCAGAUCGGAUACUCGAACGAGAGUCACACGUGGUGCCUAGUCUUGGGCAUCGUCUUCCUAGUGCUCGCAGUCAUUGUGUGCUUCGUCAUGUUCUUCAAGUGCCCACAGGAGCCCCAGAGCGGUGAUAACUUUACGGCCCCGUUCGUACCAUUCCUCCCCACGGUCGCCAUUUUGGCCAACUUCUACUUAGCUGCCCAGAUCAGCUACACGGGGAUCUACACGAGCUGCGCAUGGCUGGCAGCGAGCGUUAUCUUCUACUUUUGCUACGGCUAUAAGCACUCGGCCGGUCGUACCGGCUGGAGUGCUCUGAUGAGUCUACCGCGUGACUCUACUUUGCGUUCUCCCAUGAUCUCGGACAAGAAACAACUCCAGGAGUAGAACAUUUCUUUAGUAUUUAGUUGGGGUAUUGUUUUUAAAAAAACACACUAAAAACUUCGUUUUGUUUUGUACCGAUG